AUGCGAUUUCGCGUCCGCAACGCCUUCUACUUACGACUGUCUGCAAGUGAUGUUAUUCCUCUAUAUGUUUAUCUGGACGAGAGACAUGUUGACUGGAUGUCGGAAAGGACGUUAAACUCCGUGGUAUCUGACUUGAAACCAUUGAUAGGCCCUAAAUUAGAAGCUGAACGGUACGCUCAUUUUGGACCUGGCGGUCCAGCCUCAGCUAAGAAAGGGACUGUUGAAGUUUGUCGUGGAGAUUCGUAUCAAUUUGCUUAUUUCCUUCGGAAGGCUGAGCCUCACGCCAUUGUGGUCAAGUCGAUAGACCUGCCCAAACCAACAAUACUACAUUCUACCAAGGGAAAGAAGCGACCUCGGAAGGCAGUGAUUACUAGUAAACAGGCGACGAAAAGGAAGGGAAGGGACAAAGUCGUUGAUGUGAUUGAAGAUUCGGAGGAAGACAUUGAGGAACCGUCCUCGUCGCAGGGAGAGAUAAUAACUGACCAGGACGACUCGGUACCUGCUGCACCAAGACGGUCUACACGCAGCAAAAGGCAGAGGAUCGCCUACCGAGAAAUCUCUGACGAUGACGAUUUGCCUGACAAUAACGGUGUUCUAGAUGAAGAUUCAGAUAUGCAGACUGAGGAGGGGCUAGAUGUGCAGGAUGUGCAAGAUGUGCAAGAUGUGCAAGUCAAGCAGGAGGCAUCUGAGGACGACAUAGCCCUUCGAGAUGAAGACGCCUCCGACAAUGAGCCUAGUCCAGAGCCGGAACUGCCUCCAGACUUUGGGAUGGACGAGGACGAAGAAGAGAAGAAACUAAAACCGCAACUUCAGCUAUCGUUUCGCAGCUUGGAUAUGCGCAACCGUUGCUUAUGCGUAGUCGUCGAGCCGUGGCCUGCAAUUCAGUCUCUAGAUACGGGCACUGAGGCUUUACGUACGGCUUCGGUUGCUCCAUCGGCUCAGAAUGUAACACCCAGUAGGGCACAGAGCGUUGCCGCCUCGAUAUUUGCUCCAGACUCUGAGAGCCAGGGUGUUCGUGAACAAACGCCAUUACCACUCUUCCUUCCAGAUCCUAGUGGAAGGGACCGCAGUCAGACACCAAUGCCAAUACGAUUCCCAAGCACAUUGCCAUCUCUUGAAACGAUAGACGACACUCAAGAUCCGUUUGGAGAUGGCGAUGGCUUUGGCAUGCUCGCUUUCAGUCAAGCACUCAAUAACGUAUCUGGCGAUCGGAUAGGUGCAGCUGAAGACGACGAAGACGAAAUGGACGGAGGGGCGUUAUAUGGAGACGCGGAUGAAAUACGCGGGGCUUUGUUGUAA